AUGGCUCAAAUCAAGAUUCAUAAAGAGAAUGUGACAAGAAAAGCUAAAUCCAUGAAUUGUCUAUUUUCCGCUGUUUUGCCCUCGAUUCUCAAUAGAAUUAUGCAAAAGAAGUCUGCUGCAGAAAUAUGGAAAUAUCUUGAAAAGGAGUAUCGAGGAAAUGAAAUGUUAGAUAAUAUGCAAGUCAUGAAUUUAAUUUGUGAAUUUGAAACGCAAAGGAUGAAAGAAUCAGAAACGACAAAGGAGUAUGCUGACAGACUUCUCGAUAUUGCCAAUAAAGUGAGACUUUUUGGCAAGGAUUUUUCUGACGAACGAAUUAUUCAGAAAAUCCUAGCUUUGGAGCAAAGGAGGCUUAUGAGGAAUGAAGUAUUUGUAGAAGGUGUUUAUCAAGCGCAUUCUCGAACUGGAGAUGGGAAACUGACACAGAGGACAAGAAAUACCAAAAAUUAUCCACCAUGUCCUCACUGUAAAAAAACAAAUCACCCUCAACAAAGGUGUUGGUGGAGACCAGAUGUCCAAUGCAAUAAAUGUGGUCAGUUAGGACAUAUUGAAAUAGUAUGCAAGGGCAAACUACAAGAAGAGGUUGAGGCUAAGACUAUCGUUGAUGAAAAUCAAGAGGAGCACUUAUUUGUAGCGUCAUGUGUUGCUACAGACAACUCUGAAGGAUGA